GUCGAACUGUUCAAAAAAUCGCGAUGUCAAGGAAAAUUUCAAUUUUAGUGAUUGUUGCAUUAAUUACCGUCAUAAAUGCAAAAAGCUUAAAAAAGAAUCCAAAAAUAAUAAUUGUUGGUGCUGGACUAAGUGGAUUAUCAGCAGCAGUGAGGUUAAUUGAGAAUGGAUAUGAUGACAUUCUGAUUUUAGAAGCUGAAAAUAGAAUUGGUGGAAGGAUUCAUAGUGUAAAAUUUAGUGAUGGAUUUGUGGAUUUGGGUGGACAGUGGGUGCAUGGAGAAAAGAACAAUUCAGUUUACGAAAUGGUUGAUGGGAAGUAUGACUUUGGUGAAACUGGAUUUGACAAUUAUUAUCCGACAUUUAUGCAAUCUGAUGGAGCUACACUUGAUCAAGAAAUGUGCCAAAAAUUAGGAGAUUCAGCAUUUAAAAUUUUAUUUUCAUCUUAUGAUGAAAUGUCCAAAUUUCAAGGAAGUGUUGAUGAAUUCUUCAAGUCAGCCUUUAAAAAAGAAGCUUUAAGAGCAAAAGCUGAUUAUUCAUUAACAAAUGAAAUGAUUGACUUUUAUGAAAAGGAAAUGAAUAUUUGGAAUGGUUCGAUGACAUGGAAAGAUUUGUCAGCACCAUUGCAUUGUAUUUCUGGUCAUAAUGCAGGGAUUCAGCAUUUAACAUGGAAACGUGAUGGAUUUAAGAAGUUUAUCGACUUUUUGAUUCAAGACAAUCAAGAAGUUCUUGAUAAAAUAAUGCUUAACAAAAAAGUCGUCAACAUUCAAUGGACCAAAAAUUAUGAAAACAAACUUCCAAUUGUGACAACUGCUGAUGGAUACAAAUACUUUGCAGAUCAUAUAAUAUUCACAGGCUCUUUAGGUGUGUUAAAGGAUCAACAUCGAACUUUAUUCUCGCCGCAACUUCCAAUUACAUUAAGAAGAGCUAUCGAAAAUAUGGGAUAUGGAGUCAUUGGGAAGGUUUUUCUUGAAUUUGAUCAAUCUUUCUGGCCGAUAAAUGAGAAAAAUUGGGUAGCUUAUGGAUUUCUUUGGACAAAAGAAGAUAUGAAGGAACUAAAAGGAACAAAAAGGGAAUGGUUGUUGGAUGUUCAAGCAUUCGCUAAAGUCGAUGCCUUCCCAAACGUUCUUGAAGCCCUUCUUGCUGGUCGACACAUGAAAGAAUUUGAAACAAUUCCAGAUGAACAAAUCAUUGACGACACAAUGUGGCUGCUUGAAAAGUUCCUACAGAAGCAACUUCCACGUCCAAAUUCAAUGACUAGAACAAAAUGGCUGACUAAUCCAAAUUAUAUGGGAUCUUAUUCAUUUAAUUCAGUUAAUGCUUGGAAAUUUAAUAUAUCCACAAAAGAUUUACAAGAAACUUUAUUCAACUUAAAAAAGAAACCUGAGAUUUUAUUUGCUGGAGAACAUACAGAUGAAUUGUAUUCGUCAAAUGCUCAUGGUGCUGUUAAUAGUGGCUAUAGAGCUGCUGACGAGUUAUUAAAAUAUUAUUUAUAGUUUGUAGCGCUUGUAGCAUUGAGCAUACGAUUGUUUACAAAAUAUGGUUCCCUUAAAGUAUUUAAAAUGUAAAUUAUGUUGUUAUCAAGGUUGAGUGAGCAACCAGGAAAUGUGUUUUUAGAUUCCAACUGAUAAAAUAUUCAUAUUCGAUUGAUUAUGUUCAAGGUAAAAUGAAUAAUUGAUUACAUGGAAGCUUUAACUGAAAAGCUCA